UCUACAACCAUGGCUGUCGGUCAACUCAAGACAUCGAUCGGAUCGAUCAGGAGGAAGCCCUCUACCGCCCCAGGCCGCAAGACGAAUGGCGAAGCAGAGCUAAGCCCUCUGAAUGAGAAGACCUCACUCAUCCAUGAUCUCACACAUAUGGGUCUGAAGAACGCUGGCACGGUCGCGCAAGGCUUAACAACCAUUGUAUUUGGCGAGCCCAUUGACGAUAAAGAUCUGUUGCUUGAAAAUGGUGUGGCUGCACUACAGAAUGCCCCACCUAAUAGCGGACUUUCCACGACUGUGUCUGAAGGUUCCAUUGAGAUGCUAUACAACGACCUGCCUCACCCGCCAGUGACUCUGGCUGGGCCGACCGCCAGAUGUAGAAGACACAAUGGCGGCAACAACAACCCUUGGAAUCCCGAGAUGGGCAAAGCUGGUACUCCUUACAGUCGAAGUGUUCCUCCUCUGAGGCCUAAAGGCCCCAAUCUUCCCGGCCCCGAGCUUGUCUAUGAACAACUUCUCAAGAGAAAGGGGCCUUUCCGUGAACAUCCUUCUGGCCUCAACAGACUAUUCUUCUCCUUCGCCACAAUCGUCAUUCACGAAUGUUUUCAAACUUCUCGAACAGACCCUUGGGUCAACGAAACUUCCAGUUAUGUUGAUUUGAGCACUUUGUAUGGAAACACAGACGUCGAGCAGGAGCACAUACGCACCUACGAGAAUGGCACGAUCUUUGCAGACUCUAUCGCUUCGNAGAGGAUCAUGAUGAUGCCACCAGGAGUCAUUGCCAUCUUAGUCAUGUUCUCGCGAAACCACAACAGUGUUUCCCACUCAUUGCUCUCCAUCAAUGAAGAAGGCAAAUACAAGGAUUGGAAUACAUUGGAUCAAAAGCAGAGAACUGAACAAGAUAAAGAUAUCUUCCAGCUUGCUCGCAAUAUCAAUGUCGGCUUCUUCGCAACGGUCGUCCUGAAAGACUACGUCGCAGCCAUCUUGAACACCCCAAGGGCCAACUCCGAAUGGUCUCUAGAUCUCGGUGCUGAGAUUAAGCAAGCUGGUACACGGAUUGAGCGUGGUACUGGCAACGAGACUGCUAGGGCUGCGGAGCUUCUUUAUGNNGCCACAUCGACAACCUUGAGCUGUAUCCGGGACUUAUGGCCGAAGUCACGAAGCCUCCCAUGGCCGGCAGUGGCGUCUAUCCAGACCACUGGUCGUGGCAUCCUCGACGACGCUGUCGCGCUGGUCAGAGAUCGCUUCCUCUCUUAUGAUUCCAACAGUUCGACUCUGACCAACUGGGGUGUGGCCAAACUCAAUGUCUCUCCUCCAGGAGCUUAUGGAGGUAUGCUGCCGCAGUUGCUUCUCUCCGGACUACCCAACGCCUUCACUGGCACUUCUCCUACGCUCUGCUGCCGUUCUAAAUACCAAAAGCCGCAGCAGGCAUUCUCAAAGGCAACGGAACCGCGAAGCGAUAGAGCCAUCGCCUCUGUCCACACGCAAGAAGGUUGCAAGAAGAUCUUCGAAGACCGUGAAAACUUCCGCGUCAUACAAUGCACAGAUGGUCAUGACUUCAUGAUUGGAUGGGAUCAACAGAAGAAGCACGAUGAUAGGUCAAAGAUUCUCCACAGGGUGUUCUUCGAAGAGAGUUUCGAAGCGAACGUCACGACAUUCUUCCGUAAGAAUGUCGCACAGCUCAUCUCGAAGAGUUCACUCAAGUAUCAGGGUACCAGACGCUCCAUUGAUAUUGUCCGAGACGUCACCAAUGUCACGCCUGUCCUGUGGCUGACAGAACGAUUUGCAAUUCCCCUUAAGACUAAGGAGAACCCUCGAGGCAUGUUGUCGAUUCCUGAGCUCUUCGGCAUCUACUUGGUUUUGUUCAUGUACCAGAGCUUCAAUAUUCAACCGCUCGUUGAGACUGAGGAUACUCAGAAUCAGAAGUCAGGGGCCUACGCAUCAACCANNUCUUCAUCUACCAGUUCCCUGGACAUGAUUGAGGGCAGUGAUGACCUGGAAUAUUUCUUCGAUGAUCAAUACACCAAGGAGGAACUCUUGGAUGCUGGCUAUCCCAAUGGUAUCAGUGAGGACUCCCGUGUAUUUCAAACGCAAGGCGCUACGAAGGUCGCACCAGUAUUGCGCAAGAUUCUACAUGCUCAUCUCCAGACCCAACAGGGUUACAAAGAGACAGUCGUGGACCGGCUCGCAAAGGGAACAGCAUACGAAGUUGGUCCAGACGCAGUCCGCAUAUACAAUGCCUUGAACCCGACAAAGCUUCCCAUCGGUGAUCUGGUUGGAGAUUGCAUCGGCAUAGGUGCUCCAGUCGCAGGUAACAUAACUCAACAAGCAUCCCUGCUCAUUGAUCUGUUCCUCAGCCCUGAUUACGAAGUGUACAAAGAUCGCAUCGUCGAACUUGCUCACAGAGAUGACCCGGCGUCGGAGCGCGAGCUUCAAGGGUUUGUCUACGAGGGUAUGCGUCACGCCGGCGUAGUUCCAGGUCUAUCUCGCGUAGCGUCUCAAGAUGUUACCGUAAUGGACGGCACUCGUGGACCUGUCCAUAUCGAGGCUAACCAAACCGUUCUUAUUGCAACAUCCAAAGCAUCAAUGGAUCCUGUGGCAUUCCCGAACCCAGAAAAGUUGGAUCCUCACCGUCCAUUCAGCUCCUACAUCCUUCUUGGCCACGGCUUGCACUUCUGCUUUGGCGCAAGAUUGGUUGGAGUAUCGUUGGCUGCUACGUUGAAGGAAGUGUUCAAGUUGAAGAAUUUUAGACGUGCAAAAGGUCAUGCCGGACAAUUCUCCAUUGUCGAGCACGAAGUUGCUGGGGUGAAGAUGAGACAGUAUCUCGAUGCUUCAUCGAAGGAGUCUCCAAUUCCUACCACGCUCACUCUGGAGUAUGACGAGUGA